AUGUCAGCUCGAGUGUGUCCCCUCCCGAUGCGAAGAGAGCGUAGCGACCUCUGUGCAUCGUCGGUCAUGCGCUUAGCAAAGCACACCGAACGUAGUCCAGGUCCCACCUGUACAAUGAGCACGGCCCUGAGAUCCACUCAAGAUCCACCGAAGCGUCAACCGCUUCGACCACCAGACACGGCACGCGACCCAAUGACGAUCAACAAUUGUAUAGAUGAGCUGAGAAGAAGGAGGCUACAAUCCACGACAGAUAUGCUAAUCCCAGGAGGUGAAGCACUGCGUAGUCCUUCGUCCAGUCCGCAUGUAUCAAUGAGAAACCGCGCCAAUUUGGGGACGAACAUGCGUGACAAUUGGGAUUCAAAUGAUGUGAAGAGUCGCAAUUCACGUCGUGAUCAUCGAAUGUCUGUACCAAAUCUAUCACCAGAGCCUUCAAGUGCAGUAGUUCAAUCAGCUAAAGCGCUUAGGGAAAAACUAGGAAGAAAUGGGGAUGGAGAGUUGUCGACUAUUAACGAGGGUUUGAUAACCCCUGUUAUCCGUCGAAAGCAGUUCAAUCAACCCACAGCGUUGACUUGUGUAGGAUUUUUUGAAUGUUGA